AUGAAUUCAUCAAACAAACCGAUUGUUUUGAAUUUAGAAAUUGGUGAUCAAUUAACAAACAUAUCUUGUGGUCAUGUUGUGGUAGAGUUAAUCAAAUUUUUAGUGUAUCAAAGAUUACAAAUACCAUAUUCAUAUCAGUGGUUGAAGCAAGUUAUUACAAAGAAGAAAUCAUGUGAAGAUGAUAACGUGAAGGAAAGCUUUCAAUCUGAAAGACAUUUUAGAACCGCCUCUACUGCUUUGGAAAACUUAGAUUUCAUUUUGAAGAGUCUUCAAAAAGAAGUCAGCGGUCCUUCUAUUCCUGAUGAAGUGUGUAUUGCCCUGGGAGCCACCCCAGUGACCUGUAAGGAAGUCUACAGGGUACUCUUGCCUGCAACUUGUCAUAGACCACAGUGUCACUCUACUGUCAUAGCCAAUGACCAAAAGAUACAAAGGAGUGUGUUUAGGACGUUAGUAACAUCAGAGAAAUUAAGCCAAGUAUUCUUUAACCAACUCCAACCCACCAAUUUGUAUGUGUUUAUCAAGAAAAAGUUGAUAAACAACCUAGACAGCAUCAUAGACAGUGACAACUUCGUAUUUACAAGUGGCUGUAGAAUACCCAGGAACUCUAAAAUUGUGGUUUUAGAUUUUAGAACCAAAACAUUUGAUAAUCUAUCGUGCUGUAAUGAGUUCCAAAUAUUUGGAGAGAUUGUCAAUGAAGAAUUGCAAAACUUGCAGUUAGACGAAACUGAAGAAACUGUGAAUGAAUACAAUGAGAUAGAAUCCACUGAUACUGCACGAUGGUAUCAGUCUUCAUAUGUUAUGAAGGGGUUCAAAGACUGCACGGUCAACGGCAGUUCUAUUACGAACGCCUGGCUCAAUUCCUGA